CUAGGGAUCUGGUCCUGGGGAUGGGCGUGCGAUAGAUUCGUCAAUUGACGUCGCUGGAGAUGGCGCUCGUCAACAACUCUGAGGUCCAAACUCAGCUCUCUUCCUUGGUUCAGGAUGCUUUGAGGCUUGAGACGCAAUUGCAGAAUGCCCGCGGAGCAAAGGAGGUACCGUCGCCCAAGUUCGAGGAAGACAAGUCGGACAUGGCCACAGUUUUGCCUUUGGAGAGGGCACAAGAUCGGGUUGGAGGUCUACAGGACUUCCAGAACUGGCUUCGGGAGGAGCUCAGAGCUCAAGAGGAGCGUUUGAGGACAGGUCUGGUCUCAGACCUGGGCUCCCUCCUGAGGCACUCGACUUUGAAGGAUGCGCCCAGUGUGACACGCCCGCUGUCACCUGACACUUCUCCUGCCAGACUGAUUUGCGUCGACAGUGACACGGAGGAGAAGGAUCUGAAAAUCCCUGGCAUGGUGGAAACAACGACCCCGAGGUCGCGAAAAUCCUACCGCUUCGCAGGGCCAGAUGAUAGUGAGAUCAUGGCGGCUCAAUCUCGCAGGGGCACGACGCGAGGGCCAGGCCUCAACAGCUCCGAAGCCGAGACCGGCAUGUGCCCAGUGGUGCCGGAGGAGAAGCCUACGCUCACCAACCUGAAGAGCCAAAGGAGCAUGAAGCUCAAGGAGCAGCACCAUCCCUUGCAGGACCUGUCUGAUCUGACAGGCAUAACCUGGCUGAGAGAAUGGUUUCGCAGGCACUUCGUGGAGAAUACAUGCUUCGGGUAUAUCAUCAUUGCUUUCAUUGUCGCAAACUCGCUGACAAUGGGUAUCCAAGCAGACUGGAUGGUCACACACAUAGGCGAGGACGCUCCCAUGGUCUUUGACAUCUUUGAGAAUAUGUUUGCAGUUGUCUUUUCCUGUGAGCUGGUUAUGCGCAUUUUCGUGUACAAUGUGAACUUUUUUCGGAUGGCCGACUGGAAGUGGAAUAUAUUCGACACACUGGUGGUUGGCCUUCAACUAUUUGAUAUCAUUACGACGUUGACUAUCCAAGCAGGCUCCAACAAUCAAGCCGGCGCAAACUUCAACUUUAUGCGGCUUGUUCGCCUCAUGCGACUCUUGAGGAUUCUGCGACUCAUGAGAGUUUUGCGGUUUGUCCAAGAGCUUCGCUCGAUGGUCAUGUCUAUCGCUGCCUCCUUGCGGUCCCUCAUGUGGACCAUCGUCCUGCUGGCCUUCUUGAUGUACGGCGUUGGUGUGUGCUUGACACAAAUGGUCGCAGACAGGGGCUUGGAAGAUCCCCUCAUUAUGCAGAGGACCCCAGAGAUCAAGCUUUUCUACGGCUCGCUCGUCGAGGCACUGGUCUCUCUGUUUGCUGGCAUUACGGGUGGAAUCGACUGGAACGACCUGCUGGAGCCUCUGGAAACAGAGAUUGGGCCCUGGCUGGCGGCAUUGUUUGUUCUGUAUAUUGCAUUUGCAGUCUUGGCCAUGAUGAACGUGGUCACAGGCAUCUUCGUCGAGUCCGCAUUGCAGUCCACCAGAGCAGACGAAGAGAAAGAAGUCAGGCAGCAACUUCAAGAACUCUUCAGGCAUGUAGAUGCUGGACAUGAUGGAUGCAUCUCCUGGGAGGAGUUUCGACAGCACUUGGAAAACCCGGACAUGAUGCGAUGCUUUGAAAGUCUGGGCUUCGACAUUUCGGAGGCCUACGGACUCUUCAACCUGCUGGAUACAGACCAAUCCGGCAACAUUGAGUGCGAGGAGCUUCUGGAAGGAUGCCUGCGCUUGCGGGGCCCAGCCAAUGCCAUUGAUGUCGCCACCCUGCAGUACUCCUCGAAGCGCGUCUUCGAGUGGUGGAGAGGCAACAUGGACUGCGUCCAGGAUUCCUUGUCGUGCAUUUUGGAGAUGCUGGAGAAGGCGGCCGCCAGCAAAGAUCCAGUCAAGACACAGCACAUCAAGCAAGCGACCGAGAAGCUUGUCAAGUGCAAGGAUGGUCAGGGCAACGACACUCGAAUCUUCGAGACAUGGAAGAAGUUCAGGACACAGGAAACGAAGCCAGCGUCUCGCCGGAACUCAGAGAAUCCUGGUCCUGGGCCAGAAUAAAGCCCCUCACGAUAUUUUACCUGGCACCUUCGCCCUGAUGGGUGCUCUUUUUUCUCCCGGUGCCGAUCGUGGGACCUUUUCAUGCAAGAGUCGAAAGACUUUCUUGCAUUUGCUCCGCGGCGCCGUAGAGCGCUCGUCUGGCGAAGCCAGUACGGAGCUUGCGCACGUUGAAUGC